AACGGGCGGGGGCUGCUCUGUUGAGCCACUCGCGCUCCCGUGCAAGCUGCGCCCAGCCCCGGGAGCCGCGCGAUGCAGGCCCAGCCGCCCCUGCACAGCGGGUACUUCCACCCGGUGCUUCGCUCCUGGCAGGCGGCGGCCGCUGCCCUCGACGCCCGGCAUCUCGUCUACCCGAUCUUCGUCUCGGACGCCCCGGAUGCCGUGGAGCCGAUCGCCAGCCUGCCCGGCCAAGCUCGAUACGGCAUCCACAAGCUGGAGGAGCUGCUGGCCCCCCUGGUGGCCAAUGGGCUGAAGUGCGUGCUGAUGUUUGGCGUCCCAAGCCGGGCCCCGAAGGAUGAGCGUGGCUCUGCAGCUGAUGCCGAAGACACGCCCAUCAUCCAGGCUGUACGGAUGAUCCGCGCUUUGUUCCCUGGGCUGCUGGUUGCGUGCGAUGUCUGCCUCUGCCCUUAUACCUCGCAUGGGCACUGCGGCCUCCUUCGGCAAGACGGCACCCUCCAGAAUGAGGCGAGCUGCCAGAGGCUAGCCGAGGUGGCCCUGGCCUAUGCCAAGGCAGGCUGCCACAUCGUGGCCCCCUCGGAUAUGAUGGAUGGGCGCAUCCGUGCUAUCAAGGAGGCCUUGCUGGCGAAUGACCUGGGCAAUAAGGUGUCGGUCCUGAGCUACAGCGCCAAGUUUGCCUCCUGCUUCUACGGCCCUUUCAGAGAUGCGGCCUUGUCCAAGCCCGCCUUUGGGGACCGGCGGUGUUACCAGCUUCCUCCGGGAUCUCGAGGGUUGGCUCUGCGGGCAGUGGACCGGGACGUGCAGGAGGGGGCGGAUGUGUUGAUGGUGAAGCCUGGGAUGCCCUACCUUGACCUCGUGCGGGACGUGAAGGACAAACAUCCCAGCCAUCCCCUGGCUGUGUACCACGUCUCAGGAGAGUGCGCCAUGCUGUGGCACGGAGCGCAGGCCGGGGCCUUUGACCUGAAGGCAGCGGUGAUGGAGGCCAUGGCCGGGUUCAAGCGAGCAGGAGCGGAUAUCAUCAUCACCUACUACGUGCCUCAGCUUCUGCAGUGGCUGAAAGAAGAGCAGGCGUGAAGCUGGCUCCCCUUCCAGGAGGGAAACGUGAAACAUGUUGGAAAGGACUGGGGGGCUAAAGGCGGGAAACUAGGGGUCUUUUCAACUCUUAGAAGAUGUUGCUUCAAACUCUGCAUAGCUCUGCCUUAAAAGCCCCUGAUAAACUAAAGGGAUUUUGCCACUUCAAGUGACGCUGUAACAGAAUUUCCAGUCCCCUGCUAAUACAGUUUCUCUUUUAAAUUCCCUUUUAAAAUACUUCCAA